AUGAAGCUGCUCGCCGGUCGCUGCUUCACGUGGAUACUUCUGAAGGGAAUCUCUUGUUUGUUGGUCCUUGGGCAACGUCAUCAUGGCGUCUUCACCUUGGUCAACAGAGAGCAGGAGGUUUCUUCACAGAAGAACCAGGCGCCUCAAACUCGGAGUCUGGUUCAAAACACCAAACUUCCCAUCAGCCCCUUCAUCCCUCUUUCAAAGCAGGGACUUUGGGAAAUACUCGGAGGAAACUCUCAGUCACACUCCAACUCAUCCUUAAAAAUCAAGCUGCAGCCCAUAACGAAAGUUCAUAGAGCUUCUAAAUUCUCCAGGAAGUUUAGUUGGGGAGACUUUUACUCAAACAUCAAGACAGUCAAACUGAAUCUGCUGAUAAUGGGGAAGAUCGUGGACCACGGGAACGGCUCUCUUGGAGUGUACUUCCGCCACAACUCCACAGGUGUGGGCAACGUCUCCGUCAGCCUUGUCCCUCCCAUGAAAGAGGUGGAGUUCGAUUUGGAGCGCCAAAGUGUGGUCAACCCCAAAGACUCCAAGACGUUCAGCUGCAGGGUGGACUACGAGAAGACGGAACGCAACAAGAAGGUGAUGCUGUGUAACUACGACCCAUCGAAGACGUGCGACCAGGAGCAGACUCAGAGCCACGUCACCUGGAUGUGCUCCAAACCCUUUCAGGUCCUCUGCAUCUACGUGUCUUUCUACAGCACGGACUACAGGCUGGUUCAGAAAGUCUGUCCUGACUACAGCGACCAGAACCCAGGGGCCAUCCUGCCCACUGGCUGA